AUGUCUUGUGCUAUUUGCGUGUCCUUUGAGGGCAAUCGCAUCCAUGCACCCUCGAAAUGUCACAGCCUCUCACCCGCUCUGCUAUUUGAAUCGGCGAUUUCAAAAUAUGGCCCAGUCCUCCAAAUUCACCCCUACGAGACGUACAACCUCUGCUCUGUUGAAUGGUUCCUCUCUCAUUGCACGCUCAUCGAUUCCAAAAACCCCUCCAAUAACAUCGUCCAUCCCACACAAGCGCAACUACCUCACGUACCCAAAGAGGGCACACGCUACUACCUCAAUAUAGAAGAAGCCGUCAAACCUGGAGACUUCCCUGCGGCAAAGGCAUAUGUGAAUGCUUUUUGGGUUUCAGGACAGACCUAUACAGACCUUCAAUUUUGGUUCUUCAAUGCCUACAACGGUCACGGAACCGCCCUUUUCUCCUCCCUGCUUCUCAACAAACCAGCCCACACUGGCACAAUCGACCUUUCGCCUUUGGGCGAACAUGCAGGGGAUUGGGAAUAUGCUGCGAUCCGUAUUGACAACCGUACGCAAGAUAUGAUUGGUAUAAUGCUAUCUGCUCAUGGGAAAAAUAUAUUCUACAACAAAAUGACUGUGGAGAAAGAAUUCAAGUUUAUCCAAGGCACUCAUCCUGUUAUCUACUCCUCCCUCAACGGCCACGCCAACUUUCCCUCUACAGGCCCAAACUACACUGAACACCGUAGAAUCCUGGGUACACCCGUUUGUCUCGACUUUAACCGCCUGAACAGCACCGCAGACGGGGGGAAAUCACUUGAUUGCUCACAGAACUAUCAGCUUGUGAACGCACCUUGGCUGAAAGAGGUCAUCAGUCCCGCUUGGGUUGGCUAUCCGUAUCGAUGGGGACCGGAAGGUACGGCUAUUCACAUGGAUACAAAGACACUCGGGAACUUUUUGAUAGCUGCGUUGGGGGAGAAGCAGGCUGAUCCGUUAUUGGACACGCCGGCUGUAUUGGCUGCUAGUUGGCUCUUACAUGUUUUUGUUACCGCAGAUAUCAAUGGCGCUGGGGCACCGAGCGGGCAGGGUCCCUGGAGUGGGCAUUAUUAA